AUGCCACUAUCCACAAAGAUAACAACUGGAGGAGCAACAGAAAGCACAACAGACAUAUUAACAACAGAAAUCAUAACAGGAGCGAUAACAACAGAAGGUACAACAGCGGUACAAACAGCAGAAAGCACAACAGACAAACUAACAACAGAAAUCAUAACAAGAGAUUUAACAACAGAAGGUACACCAGCGGUACAAACAGCAGAAAGCACCACAUAUAUGUUAACAACAGAAAUCAUAACAGGAGCGAUAACAACAGUAGGUACAACAGCGGUACAAAAAACAGAAAGCACAACAGACAAACUAACAACAGAAAUCAUAACAGGAGAGUUAACAGCAGAAGGUACAACAUCGGAACAAACAGCAGAAAGCACAACGAACAUGUUAACAGCAGAAAUCAUAACAGGAGAGUUAACAACAGAAGGUACAACAGCGGUACAAACAGCAGAAAGCACCACAUAUAUGUUAACAACAGAAAUCAUAACAGCAGCGAUAACAACAGAAGGUACAACAGCGGUACAAACAGCAAAAAGCACAACAGACAAACUAACAACAGAAAUCAUAACAAGAGAUUUAACAACAGAAGGUACACCAGCGGUACAAACAGCAGAAAGCACCACAUAUAUGUUGACAACAGAAAUCAUAACAGGAGCGAUAACAACAGAAGGUACAACAGCGGUACAAAAAACAGAAAGCACAACAGACAAACUAACAACAGAAAUCAUAACAGGAGAGUUAACAGCAGAAGGUACAACAUCGGAACAAACCGCAGAAAGCACCACAUAUAUGUUAACAACAGAAAGCAUAUCAGGAGAGUUAACAACAGAAGCUACAACAUCGGAACAAAAAACAGAAAGCACAACAGACAAGCUAACAACAGAAAUCUUAACAGGAGCGAUAACAACAGAAGGUACAACAGCGGUACAAACAGCAGAAAGCACAACAGACAUUUUAACAACAGAAAUCAUAACAGGAGCGAUAACAACAGAAGGUACAACAGCGGUACAAACAUCAGAAAGCACAACAGGCAUGUUAACAACAGAAAUCAUAACAGUUGAAUUAACAACAGAAGGUUCAACAGCGGUACGAACAACAGAAAGCACAACAGACAAGCUAACAACAGAAAGAACAACAGGGGAAUUAACAACAGAAGGUACCACAGCGUUUACAAUACUGAUGAUCCAAUAA